UCCAUCUUUUCCGGUGAAUUAAACAGUGGGGAGUCCAGCGAGCAUCCUCUGCUCCGGCGAAAAUAGCAGCGAAGGUGUCUAGAAGGCAGGCCGGCGACGGCGUCUGGGCAGCGACUCCGGCGAUAUCUGCUAUAUCUGCAAUGUCUCUUUUCACUACCCAAUCGCCAACUGGAGUUGCUGGAAGCAGUGCACGGGCUGUGGGAUCCAACAAUGUGAAUGAGAAUAGUAGCCGUUCUCACUGGUAAAAAGAAAUAUUUGAUCUGUUCUCCUUCCAACUUGCAUCCUUGUCUACAUUUUCAAGUGUAUCGUAUACAUAUUACUGAAUACAUAUUUUUCUGGAAUGUUUGUAGGAUUAAGUCAUCCCUUAACAGACUUACUUCUCAAGUAAAAUCCUACUCAAUUGAUUUUCUUGUUAUUGAGCCAAUUGUGGCUCCAAAUAAGCUGGACUCCUACAUGUUUAAGCUAGGCUUCACGGACUCCUGGGAUGUUUUUUACAACAAGGUCUGGAUAUUUUACAAUAACGCAAGACUCUUUCUUUGAAAAAUCAAUGAGCUUGAUCAAUUGGUCAAUUGUACUUUUUGGGACAUUUCUAGUAGAGUAUAUGGAAAGCACAUAGGAAGAGAAAGAAGAACACUUGAAAAAUAUUAUUGACACCUCUGUCAUUUCACACCAAUGGUUUAUUGGCAGUGAUUUUAAUACUAUCACUUGUUUAAGUGAGCAUAAAGGCAAUACUCCUAAUCAUACUGAUAUGACUGCAGAUUAAUCACAAACCUCUACUAGUCACUUGCAUGAAGGUUCUUUUCCUCGGUUAGGUUAAUCUUUUGGUGAUUCAACUCAUAUAUGUUUUGCUUGCAGAUUAUCAUGGUCACAAUGGCAUCAAGAAUUGAAGGUCUAUUUUCCCCUGAUUCAAUGCUGGAUGUUAUUGAGGGGACAAAUAACUAAAUUAGGCAUGCUCAAUGGACAAUUAGAAUGUGAUUUUAAUUAUGUAAAGAUUAAAUUAUUAGAUGUUAUUAAGAUUUUGGAUUGUAUAUUUGUAUGUAUUUAGAUAUUAUUCAAUAUAUUGUACAUUUUGGA